AUGUCAAGUUCAGGUAAUGAAAAAAAUUCUCAGACAUUUCCAUCCAUAGAAUUGCCUGAUGAUUCAUUUGAAGAAACCUUAAAUCCGUGGAGAUUUUCUUUGAUUGGAAGAUUAAAUCUACAACAAAUCAAGUUUGUUGAUGUUUUUAUUAUUCUGCGUAAUCAAUGGAAGCUAAAAGGUGAACGUAAAUUAAUUCCAUUAGGAAGGGGAUUCUUCACUAUUAAGUUGGAAAAUACAGAGGAUCGUCAGUACAUCAAUGAAGGUAUAUGGGAGGUUACAAAUCAAAUUCUUCAGGUAAGAAAUUGGAUCUCUAAUUUUCGUCCAGAAAAUCAAAGAACCUCUAGAGCUAUGCUUUGGGUAAGAUUUCCAGGUUUAGGUCUAGAAUUUUGGACUGAGAAAAUUCUCUUUAAGAUAUGUAAGGAAUUUGGUAAUCCUGUGAAGUUGGAUGCUGCUACAGAGAAAUGUGAAGUGGGUUAUUAUUCAAAUGUUCUGGUUGAUGUGGAUUUUGCUAAACACAUUCCAAACAAAAUAUGGAUUGGUACAAAAUUUGGAGGUUUCUUUCAAAAUAUUUCCAUUCCAGAUUGUCCAAAGUUUUGUCAUACAUGUAAAAUCUUGAGUCAUUUGAUUACUGAAUGCAGAGUGGAGAAAAGUAAGAAUCAUACAACUGGUGAAGCUCAUAUGUAG